AUUGUGUUUCACAAAACGUCAUUGACCGCACAAGAACGUGCUCGGAUCAAGUCCCUGUUGGGUUCCAUUCCCGCCAUAAGCACCACGGAACGUGCACCACAAACAUGUGUUGUCUCAGACUCUCGCGGCGCACGUAGUCCCACGGAAACCACCCCCACUCGAAUAAAUCCCGUGUCCACGUCCGCCUUAGUUCCCACGAUGCCCCUACCAUUCCCUGAUCGAACAGUACAUUUGUGUGCGCGUCGAUUUUUGGCCACUUGCCUUCAAUUAAAGUCUCGUUUACAGUGUGUUGUGGAGAGUGUCUCCCAUCCAUCAAGCUCGCUGGACAAUCCCGAACCGUUUUUUCUCAGUAUGUAUUUAGUAAAUGCAGAUGAAGGUUGUCGUGUGAGUGAGGAAUUCUAUUGGAAUCCAAAUACGGCCACCGUAGACAGUAUGAUUCCAGCCGAAUUGUUUCGCAAUCUCGCCUGGACCCAGGUGACUGUCGACUCAGACUUGUUGCCGUCAGAAGCCAACGCGAUUCGUAACUCGAUCAAUGGACCACACAAAUCUGCUCGCGGUCCUGCUCCGCCACCACCAUCCCAACCACCAACCGGUUCGGCUGCUCCGAUCAGUGCUGAUCGUGUUCGUAAUUGUCGAUCGGCAGUUUUCUCCGUUCCCUCGUGCUUGAACAACCUGGAUCACAUCUAUCUGGUUGUUCGCGUCGAUAAAGUUCUCAAUGGGACAAUCAGUGGCGCGGCAGAGAAAUACACCAAAGGAGUUCUUGCUUCUGGGCCUACCACAACAACAAGUAAUGCCUCAGUGGAUAAUAAAGCGGCCUGUCUAUUGAGUCGAUCCAUGGGUGUGUACUGUCGUCAUUUGGGUCGAUAUCGAAUGCCAUUUGCUUGGGGUGCCAGAUCAUUGUGCAGCUCCACCCAUAGAAUGCCUCUUUUCAAAAUAGAUGCUAGUCGUAUCACAGAAUCAGCCUUUAUGCAACAAAUUCAAUCACUCGCGCGUCUGAUGGAUAACGCUUUAGGAGGACCACGAAACGGGAUAUCGGGUUCACCGGAACACAUGGCCUCGAUUGCUACGGAGACAAAUUCUCGCGGCACUGUUCCGUUGGACGUGGUUGAACGGACAUUGAAGACCCAGGCGAUUCCGAUGACCUUGGAUUUGGCCAUUUCCGAACUUGUCGACCAGUCAACCGAUUCUAGUGUACAGCAGGUGACCGAUCUCGUUACUCCAAGUUUAUGCCCAGUGAAAACAGGACAAUUGGCUGGGGAUAAAAAGUACCUCAUCCCACCCACUCAUCCAACCCUCACACCCAAUGAACUGGUCCGUGAGGUGGAACACUUUUUCGACAUCCGAUCCGUACCGGCAGCUGGUGUUGGAACUGAUUCCGUAAUGUGUUCGAGUGUCGGCGAAACUGAUCUCGCCGGGCAGUCGGGUAGUUUGCACCGUCUGUCCGCUUUGUCCAUGACUGGAGGUUCGGGUGCACGUAGCAACAGGGACUCUGUCAUUUCCAGCUGUAGCACAGGCAGUGUACAAUCCCCAUUAGACUCGGCGGUGUGGACUGCAGCAAUCUCGAGUACCACUUCCACCGCAUCAACCCGUACCAAUUCCCUGGAACGAUCCAGUUCGCGUGCGCAUGCCAACCCAGCUGAUCUGGGCACCGGAAAUCGAUAUACGGUUACGAAUGGAAUCGACAUGGUUCCGUUUACCACCUUCCAGAACGAUUUAUACGUCUCCCCCAAAUCGCUAAAUCUCGCUGUGAAACAUAACUUCUCUCGAGCUCGCAAUUUGUCGUGUUUUGUCGAGUUGCGUUGUAAUGAUUCCUUGGAUAGUACUGCUGCAUUGAAGCAAAUCGCUAAUGCCCUGUUGUACGUGUGUUCGGAAGUUGACCUCGGGGCUCGGGUCAUCCCCGAGAAUGCGCAAAUCCGUAUACAUAGAUGA